UCGUCCGUCGCGAGCGGACGUCUCUUCGGAACACGAACUUUGUUACGUCACUCGAUAACCCGAGGGUGAUAUUCUGUAGAUCGCUGAUAAUAAGUGGCUUUAUUUAAAUUGGUUUAGUAUGGUGAUUCGGUAAAUUUGGUGAGAUGGUGCGCAGGAGGGAAGUCAGGCGUGUGACAUUCACGCAUAUUUGCACCACGAUAUUGUGGUUGCUCACCUGCAUCGAAGGAUUACACGCGAUUAAAAUAGUGAAAAUUGUAGUGCCAGAAAUAAUCCAAUAUGGAGUACAGGACGCCGUGAUAUUAGACUGUGAUUACACACUUGGUAAUGACACAACGGGUUUAGUGGUGAAAUGGUUUUUCAAAAACAAAAAUAGGCCAGUGUAUCAAUGGAUAGCGACGCAAAAACCUCAGGACAUGGGGAUAUUGAGGGGUAGAGUCGAUUUGCUUUAUAGGGCUUCGAGUGACCCUCUCAAAAUGCACAGAGCAUUGAGGAUAGUGAAACCUAACACGGACAUUUCUGGUGAUUACACCUGUGUAGUAUCGACCUUUAUGGAGGAAGAUUCGAGAACGAAACAGAUGAUUGUUUUCGUGCCGGAGACGAAUUUCCGGCUGAUCCAGAACAAGACGGAUGACGACACGGUGAACGUCAUCUGUAUGGCGGACGGCGCGUUCCCUGCGCCCAACCUCACACUCGCCACUCCCGAGAGGCGGCUGGAUGGCGUUGCCCACAACUUCAAGGUGGUCAACGGGAGGUACUCUGCGGUAGCAUCGGUCACCUUACGAGACGCUGAUCUACCAUCGCCAGCAGAAUUCAUCUGCACCUUGAGAAUACCUCAGGCAAAGUACGCCGUGAGGAAGGAAGCAAUUUAUUAUCCAGGUCCAAUCAGCACCACUCCAGAGAUGCCAACUGCUGCUGAUAUGCAAUUGGCUGCAGCCGUUGGUUCAAAAGGAGCUACUCUUUACACAGCCAUCACGGGAGUGCUACUGCCAGCGUUAGCUCAAAUUCUAAUAACAUAAGGAAACCAAAAAAUAAGGCGAGGUCCAAACAAACACUGAACCUAGUUGAAAAACGAUCACUGUAAGUGAACCGUCAUUAGUCAUCUAGUCCCAAAAUCCAAAGCCAUGUAACUGUGAACGGUGAUCCCGCAAGGACUAUUUUUAGGUCCUAAAUUUUAUAAUUGUCAUAGCUUUUAUGUGUACUACAUUACCUUACUGCGUGUUAAAAAGCUAAAAUAAUAAUCGUUACUACUUAAGUGUACAUCUCUACGAUAGUAUGAACUUCAAAAAAAAAUAUUUUUCUUAAUAAUGAAAACCAAUGAUAGUUAAAUGUAAAUAUUGCAUUUCUUAAAAAGAAAGUGUACAGGUGUUUUUGUGUAAGUUUAACUCCAGGCCUAAGAAACGCUUUCUGGCUUCAAGUACCUACGUAAAUGGUGUAAACGAUCAACAAAACUGAUUGAGUAAUUAUGAUACUUGGUACUACUAGUUAGAAAGCGUUAUAGUUGUUGUUAGUAAUUUACUUUUCAUUAGUUAAAAAUGUUUGUUUGGAAACAGUUUCAUGUCUAAUCAGUGAAAACGGGCCACAAUAGACACGCCAUGUGUAAAUUAGCAGUACGUUUGCUAGUUGUAAAAGCUAAUCAGAGAGUUUACCCUUGUUACUUUUUAGAAAAAUAUCAGUAUACGUUAUCGAUAUACGAUUUAAAAUAUUUUUUUCUGUUAUUUAGACCUUUUAAUUAAACAGAUAACGAUUCUCGGAUAUUUUUAUUCAAAAUUGAUUACGAAUAUUUUGAAUUAUUGAAUUGGAAAUUUAACUUUAACCUGGUAUAAUAAUUUAGUUACGAUUUAUAACAUUGAAGAGUAAGCUUCAUUCAUUUAAUGAAAACCAAAGUUUUAUUUAUAAAUAUUAUUAUGGGAGACGAUAUACGUAUAACCUGUACAAAUUUAAGGAAAUUAUUUAAGUCACUUCAUGUUUCAUCAGGGGUUGUUCCCUUCGUAAACAGGGUAUCAUUUUUAGUUCAUUUAAUUUCAAUUUUAAGUCACGAUUCGAUAUGAAUUUUGGACAAUAUUUAAAAAUGUAAAAAUAUUUGAGCCCUUAUUCGUAGACUUGUUGAUAAUUGCCGUGUUAUUUUGCUAUUGUAAAUUAAAAAUGCAUGUCUAUUCAAAAAAUGUAUUUAAGUAAACACUGCAAGUACUCACCAAAUUGGUAGAAUACGUAAUGAUUUAAAUCUUAACCACAUUAAUAAUUCGAUGUUCAUGAAUAAGGGCACUUGUAAAUAUUUGUAUGGAAUUUAUAUGACUAGGCUAAAAGUAAGUUUUUGUUUGUGUAAGAAAGGAAUAAUGAUAUUUGCUGUGCAUAAUGCUGAUUAUGGAUAAGAUCCAGUCAAGACUUUUAUUGUGAGAUUUCUUAAAAUAAAUAAAAGGAUCGUUGUGUAA